AUGUACAGGACGGGCGAGCGGCGGGACGAGGGUCGCUGGCCGGAGCCAGGUCGGACCAUGAAGAAGACGCGCGAGAGGCUGCGGGAGGACUCUUGGCAGUCUGGCGCAGGCAUGCGGAAGACCCGCGAACGGAUGCGGGAGUCCCGACGACGGCGGCCGCGGACCCGAGAUGGCGCAGCGCUUUCGCCGAACCUGCAGGACAUGUCGCCAGUGCCCUCCACAGCCGGACCCGCGGACACGGGGAACACCUGGCUGGGCACCGCGAGAUCGCCCAAGGGCCGGAAGCGGCACCCGCCGGGCGCGUCCCGCGAAGGCGAGCUUGGCUUCCAGGGCUUUGUGGAGCAGCAGCGUUUGCUGGCGAGCGAAAUGCAGCGCCAGGUGUCCGAGCUCCGGCACCAGCGUGACGAGGCGAGGGAGCAGGCGCUGAAGGUCAAAGAGGAUGCCAUCAACGACCGAGCCAAACACCUGCAGGAGCUGCAGCAGUGCCUCUUGGACCAGCUGCAGGCGACAGGUGAGGCGAAGUUGCAGGAAGCGGGACAACAGAAGUCCACCAGACUGGAGGCGAGCUCUAGGCCAGAGAUGAAGGCUGCCCAAAAGUUGCGGGAGGUCCCGGACCCGGACCCGCAGGAUGUUUGGGAGCACUCCAUGGUCUCGGAUAGCCGCCUCGUGGCGAUGGAUGCGGCGCUCACGGCGCUGUUCCGGCGCGCGGAGGACUUGGCGUCCAGAAGUGGCGCCAAUCAAGUUUCACAGCCUAUUGUUUCACCGGGGCUUUCGUCUCACCGCGCGAAGCCAAGCCUGGAGCACAGCGCCCUGCCAGUGGAGACUUCCAGGACUCCGGUGUGGGUGCCGCCGGCCACCUGGCAGGAUCAGAGCCCUCAGACGAGGGCCAGCGAGCCUGGCUCCACCUUGGGGGGCGCUCAAGGCGCCUCGCCCCUGCGGCUCACAGAGCAGCUGGAUAAGGAGAAGGUGGCGGCCUUCCGAAAGGCGUUGGACACCGCGGAUGGCCUCCCGGCGGAUUUGCGGCUAGAUCUCUGCGCCUUGCUGGAGGAGUCCUCCCCCAGCGAAGGCGCCACGCAGGCCUUGGCGUCAAAAGGCCGACCGAGCUGCCCACCGCCAGCGCCGGGCAAGCCAGGCACCGAUGCCUCGCCCUUCGGCGCUCCGCGGCCCCAGCGCCCGCGCCCGCGGGCCCUGCGGGCACAAAGCAGCGUGCCGGCUGUACCGGAGAGGAAUCGCUUGGCAGGAGAGGCGCGCUCAGAGCGCGCCACGCUCUGA